AGCUGAUCAAAACACGGAAGUGUUUUCAGCUGUGCAGCUUUUGGAGGAGUGAGUGGAGAAUGUGAGGAGCAGAGGAUCUGCUUACAUGUGGAAAACCUUCUUUUUGUUCAUUUUUAAACGGUUUUCAUCAAAGUUUAACGGUUAAAAGCGACGCUGGAGCGGAACCGUAUCUGAUGACGACGAUGAAGGUGUUUCGCUGUCCUGGUCGCCAUGGUUACGCUGUGGAGGCUUCGCCAUUCCUCCCUAACCGACUGGCCUGCGCGGCGUCCCAGUACUACGGAAUAACUGGUUCUGGAUCUCUGUUUGUUCUGGAUCAGACUGAAAUUGGGAUUGUUUUAGUGAGAAGCUGGCAGUGGGGUGACGGUCUCUUCGAUGUUGCGUGGAGUGAAGCUAACGAACACGUUUUGGUGGCUGGAGGUGGAGACGGCAGCCUGCAGCUUUGGGACUCAGCCAAUCAGAACGCUCCGCUGAAAGUGGCCAAGGAGCACACACAGGAGGUGUACUCUGUGGACUGGAGUCAGACCAGAGCAGAGAACCUGAUCGCCUCCGGAUCCUGGGACCGCUCCGUUAAAGUGUGGGACCAGAACCUCGGUCGCUCCCUGGCCACGCUCAGGGGUCACGAAGGGGUCGUCUACAGCUCCAUCUGGUCUCCUCACAUCCCAGGAUGCAUUGCUUCAGCCUCAGGCGACGGGACGCUCAGAGUCUGGGAUGUGAAGGCCGCUGCGUGCCGAUUGGCUGUUCCUGCUCACAAAGCAGAGAUCCUGAGCUGCGAUUGGUGCAAAUACGACCAGAAUCUGGUGGCUACAGGAUCAGUGGACUGCAGCGUGUGUGUGUGGGACCUGAGGAACGUCACACAGCCCGUCAGUCAGCUGCUGGGACACAGCUACGCCAUCCGCAGGGUCAAGAACCGUCCUGCUGCUACUUGCCUCAGAACCGACCGACCCAGAAACCUCUCAGGCCGAAGCUCCUCAAACGUUCUCCAUGUUUCUGAAGAAAUCAUCCAGGUUCUGCUCCGGGUCCGGUCAGAUCCAGUUCUCCCCGUUCAGUCGGACCGUUCUGGCCUCCUGCUCCUACGACUUCACCGUCCGGUUCUGGGACUUCGGCAGACGUCUGCCUCUCCUGGACACAGUGGAGCAUCAUUCAGAGUUUGUCUGUGGAUUGGACUUCAACCUCCACAUCCCCCACCAGGUGGUGGAUUGUUCCUGGGACGAGACGGUGAAGAUCUACUCACCUUCCUGCCUCACUGCAGCAUCAUAACACACACACACAGAGACACACACAUCCUAACACACACACAGAGAGAGACACACACACACUAACACACACACACAUCCUAGCACACACACACACACACACACAGAGACACACAUCCUAACACACACACCGCUGGGCAUCGUCAGGAUAGUGGGCGGUUCUUCCGGCUGGAUUUGAGCUCCAAUUGGCUGAUUGAACUCUGAGUUCAUCGUGAAAUAUAAUCAUAAAGUGUCUUAUGUAAAUGAUGUUUAUAAUGUAAUAAAUAUUUUCUUUAUCAUCCAGCCGUUUCAGCAGCAGAACCUCCAAACCGUUUGGUAACUAAACCCUAAAUCCAUUUAGGAUUCAGACAAACUGAAUAGUUUGUAUGUUUCUGUGCAAAUUGUGUGAUUGCAAGUGUCUCAGUGCUGCCCUCAGGGUUGCAUGGUGGUACUGCAGCUGAAUUUUCCUAUUGGUUCCAGCGUUCCAGCCCUGUGAUUGGCUAUAAAACCCCCUCACUCUGACGUGCCCCCUGGUGGCCAGUCAGGAGGUGGAACAACGAACACGGUGAGCGUUGAUCAACAGCGUUGCCGUGUGAUUUAUUAGCAACGUUGACUGGAGCUGUUUGCUGCUGAACUCACUAGAUUUGUUUCUAGUCACGUUUUUGAAAAGUUAACAGAUUUGUUGUGAAUCACUUUUACUGCUGUACAGUGAGACGGUGAAUUAAACGGACUACAUGGAGACAUUAUUAUUAUUAUUAUUAUUAUUAUUAUUAUUGCCAUCAGUUUUCAAUGUUUUUGUUAAGAAAUAAAAACAUCCUCCAUAUUUUAGAUUUCUUAUUUUAUCUUCCAGUUUGUCUCUGAUGUCUGAUGAAGAAACAUUUUCACAUUUAGUUGAAAUUAAAAAGUAUUUGAAGAGUAAAUGUGAGUGAACCCGGAGCGCUCAGGUUUGUAAUGGUUCCUGAUCUUUUCUGUUCCUGAGGCCUGAUGACCCGCCGGAUGUGGGCGGGGCUUCCCGCCUGCCGCCCUGAAAACUGAUUUUCUGAUGAAAUAAUUCAAUUAAAAAGAUUUCCCCGCCUGUUGGGAGCUCAGCUCAACCUGAACAGGAAUCAUUGUUAACAUUCAUCCCGAGAGAAAACAGAACUUCAGCUCUGAAUACAUUCAGUUUGUUUAAAAUGACGGCAGAUGAAUAAAUCCAGAAACGUUCAGGAACCAGAAGGAAAUCUGCUUUUAAAAAUGAAAAUAAACUAUAAAAAGCGACUUU